AUGUUGGAGUCCAUUUUUAGAGCUCCAAUGCUGUUCUUUGAUAGAAAUCCAAUAGGAAGAAUUUUGAAUCAUUUCUCUAAAGACAUUGGCCAUAUGGAUGACUUGCUGCCCCUGACAUUUCUUGAUUUCAUCCAGACAUUUCUACUUGUGAUUGGUGUGGUGGGUGUGAUGGUGGCUGCAAUUCCUUGGAUUGCUAUAGCUGUGAUUCCCCUUGGCAUCCUUUUCUUUGUUCUUCAGCAAUAUUUCUUACAGACAUCACGAGAUGUGAAAUGCCUGGAAUGUACAACUCGGAGCCUGGUGUUUUCCCACUUAGCAUCUUCUCUCCGGGGACUCUGGACUAUCUGGGCAUACAAAGCUGAACAGAAAUUUCAGGAGCUGUUUGAUGCACACCAGGAUUUGCACUCAGAGGCUUGGUUCCUGCUUUUGACAACGUCCCAGUGGCUCUCUGUGUAUCUGGAUGUCAUCUGUGCCAUCUUUGUCACUAUUGUUUCCUUUGGGGCCCUGCUUCUGGUAGAAUGUAAGUAUAAAUGUGAAUGUUUGUGGUAUAUUUACAUUUUAUAG